GAUUUAUUUAAUAAUAAAUAAAUAAAAUCUUGUAAUUACGAAAUUAUUAAAGUACCUAGUAUUGUUAUUAUUAAAUCGAGUUUCGUGCGCCAGAUGCUUGCAGUGAUCGUCGCCAGUGAUUUUCGACGUCAGUGUCUCCAGGAGAAAUAUCGUUGAUAACCGCGCGGGACUGUGUCUUCUCCGUACGGUGAUCUUCAGCGCGUGUGUUCGCCGCCGCUGCGGGAUCUCGUCGCGCGCAGCCGUCGCUGUCUCGCCCGAUGGCUCUGAACGCCACUACGUGUUACAACAAGGCGGUGAUCGCGGGCUACGGGUCGUCGUACCCCAGUCCGCUGGCCGCCUCGGCCGGCGUGCCGUCCGCCCUGAUGGUGGCCGCGGCCGCCGGAUCCGCGGGCGGAUCGCCGUCGUCCCGAUCCGGAUCGUCCGGGUCCAGUAGCGGGCCGUCCGGGUACCGCGUCAAGGACUUCAACGUGCCCCUGCACGUUGACUGUAGCGUCGAGUACGAAAUGCCAAGCUCGGCCAAACCGCCGGUGGGCGGUAAGGUCGAGCCGCUGCUCAUGAUCCACCCGUCGUAUUACCGGAAGGCCGAGAGUCGGACCCGCAGCCUGUUCGUCAACAACAUGCCUGCCGCCGCGUCCGCGUCGUCAGGCCGAAGCAGACCGUCGGCAGCCGCAGCCGCAGCCGCCGCGGCCGCGGUCGGUGGCGUCUGCGGUAGGUCCGGCGUCUCUGCCGCCAUCGCGAACGCCGCCGACGGACCGCCGCCCGCGAAAAAACCGUAUGCUGGACCGGCGCCCGGAGUGACCGCUUCCACCGCGGCCGGCGUUUACGGCAUGGUCACCGGUGCCGUGGCCGCUGCCGCUGGCGCGUCCCAAUGGCCCCCGUUGGGCUCCAGCGCCGAGCACCAACACCACGACGGCAAACGCACUCUGGACAUGGUCCAACGGCAAUACCAACAGCACCUGCAGGCCAGUCUGCCGCCACCGAUGAUGACGGCCGCCUUGCCUACAGACAAAACCCACAUGACAGUGCCGAAAGGGUGUUCUUGCUGCCAGGCGAAAUUAUUAAAGCGCAAAGCCCAACAACCGCCGUCGGUGCCUCAACAACCACAGCAACACCAUAUCCACCAUCACCAACAACAACUACAACAACAGCAUCUACCGCAACCACCUCAUUUACAACAACAACAACACCUUCAUCACCACCAGCAGCAGCAACAGCAACAGCAGCAGCAGCAACAUCAUCAACAUAUCCAUCAUCAGCAGCAGCAGCAGCAGCAGCAACACCACCACCACCAACAACAACAACAACAACAACAGCAGCAGCAGCAGCAACCACAACACAUCCAUCACCAUCACCAUCAUCAGCAGCAACAACAGCAGCAGCAACAACAACAUCAAGAGUACCACAAGUCGAGGCAAAACGAACCGCCAACUCCUCAGCUGUGGGGUUUUAACGGCACCAUCGCUGCGGUGUUGCGCAACGAGUACGCCGGCAAACCGACGAAAACGUUGGGACGCAUCACCGACCCGAUCAACAACAUCCUGACGCCAACGUACAUGUUCUGAGCGUCGAAGUUGUGAUGAUAUUUUUGUUGUAUUUUGUGAUAGUUAGACUGUUAAUCAUUAAAAACCGCGUUCGGAUCGAACAGAUCUACGAGAAGAAUAUAAUAUUACAAUUAGGUAUGAAACUUGUACGAUGAAAAUAGUAAUAAUCACAUAUAAACCUUUAUAAUAAUAUAUGUUAUCAUUAUUAUUGUACCUAAUAAUAAUAUUAUUUCAUGUACGCGCGCGUUUAGAGCGUGUCGUGAAUUCAAAAAAAUUUUAUUAUACAUAGUUGUAGACCGCAACGGGAAUAUAUAAUAUAAUAUAACGACGAUAAUAAUAAUAAAAAUAUCAUUAACAAAAAAAAAAAAUAUACAUAGAUAAUAAUAUUGUAUCAUGCGUUCAAGUUCUCACAUGUAUUUCUUAUCACAAUACGAUGUAAUGUGUUGUGAUCAUAAUAUUAUUAUUGUCAUUAUACCGUUCGUAUGCGGUUAUGACAAUGAUAAUAAUUAUGAUAAAUAUAAACACACGCGCAUUUAUAUUAUAUUAAAUUAUGAAUAUUAUGUGUAUACGUUUGUAGUGAAGAUGGCGUCCGGCCCACCACCCUGGCGUGGCGGCGGGGGUGUCGUGUGUCCGCCGCGUAGUUGUCAAACGUCAGAUUUUGUUUUGUUUUUAGCGGACACCCCCUAUCCACGACCACCGGACGUCCGGAACGUAGGUACACGUUUAAUAUAUUAUUAUUGUGUAUGUUUAUUUUUUUCAUUUUUUUUUUUAUUUUUUCGCCAAUACGACGCACGGACCUGACCAUAGAAACGUGCGUCGUCGUCGUGUACAUUUAUUAUAUUAUAUUACAUUAUAUUAUGUACUAUGAUGAUUCCAAUUUUUUGUUCUUCUUCUAUAUUAUAGUUCGUGCGUGUCGCUUUUUGUUGUGUUGGCUGUGAAAUAUUGUGAUAAUAAAAAUUUUAAAAAAUAAAUAAAAAGAAGAAAACGCACGAAAAAUGAACUACUCACCGUUUUUCGAUAAAUCCUGAAAAUUACCAACCGCCGUUUUCUCCAAGGGUAUAUCUGAUAAUAUAUAUUGUAUUAUAUUACAUUAAAUUUCUUGCGUAAAGACUGAACGAAUAUAAUAUCUUCAAAACAAAUUAUAUGAAUAAAAGACUGUAGCCCUUUUACAGUAUAUAUAAUACAAUAAUAAUAUAUAACUAAACAGUCAGGGGGUAUGAAAAUACCGUAUAAGUUCCUUAUAUGUAUAAAAAUGAAAAUUUUACCUACCCUUUUUAGUUUUCAUUGGAAACAAUUCCAAACUAUAAACGUGUUAUGACCGACAAUAUUAUUUUCGUCUGAUACCGAACGUAGACGUUAUUGUUAAAAAGAAAAUAGAAAAAAGCGAUAAAAAAUUAAUAAUUUAAAUUUUCUUUAGAUACAUAAUCGUUGUCAUCAUCAUCAUCAUCGUCAUAAAUCAUAAUUAUAGUUAUGAUAUAAACAUAAAAGUGUACAUUCCUAUAUAUAAUUUUAUCAUUAUACAUAUUUACGACUUAUUAGGUGUGCCUGUUUAAUUUGUGUAAUUUUUAUCUAGUCUGGUUGGAUAAUGGGCCAAAGAGCUAAACAUACAUAUUAUAUUUUUUUUUCAUACGAUAGCGCAAAAUAAUAUCUACAGCGUGUUCACGGGAGGGGGGGGGGCUUCGUUCAGAAUAAUCACUCACAGGCCUAAUAAUAAUAAUAAUAACUAAAUAGGUCUAUAUACGAUAGGACUCGAUAACGUUCGAGAAAAAAAAAACGAAAAUAAAUACACACUCGAGUACACAUUAGAUAAUGCUUUUUAUUUUCUUUACAAACAAUAAAAAAAAAAUGGUCGGCCUGUGAUACACCUUGAUAAUUCUCUGACAUAUUUUUCCAUUUUUUCGUUAUCGUUUAAACUUUUUUUUUUUUUUGAAUAACAUUUU